AUGUUAUCAACACAAACCGAAUCAGCUGAACAAUUAAUGCCAUUAUCCAUAAUUCAAAAUCAGCAAUUUUAUGAAAGAUCAACCUAUGACUUAUACAAUCUAUCAGAUGAUGAUAAGAAAACGCAAAUAAAAAGAAAAUUAAAUGGUAAAGAAAAACUGGAAUUCACCUUAGUAUUUAGAGAGUACUAUAAUACUUCGAGUAACCAAUUUGAAUUCUUAAUCAGAAAAAUUACAGAAGCGCCAUUUUUAGAAAUCAAAAAAAGAAUGAUUUAG